GACACCAUGGGUAACACAUACACAGAGCAAAACAACACAAUGCAGCGCUAUAAAACACCGACACACACAUGCAAAGACACAAAGAGGCACAGCGGAGACACUUUCUGCCUGAGAGACACUUUCUGCCUGAGAGACACUUUCUACCUGAGGCUUACCUGAACCAUGGGCGUCAUCAUCUCACACAUUUUCUCCAGACUCUUCUCCAAGCAUCCCGUCAGGAUUUUGAUGGUGGGUCUGGAUGCUGCAGGUAAAACCACCCUGCUGUACAAACUGAAGCUGGGCGAGGUCGUGACCACGAUCCCAACUAUUGGGUUUAAUGUGGAGACUGUGGAGUAUAAGAACAUCAGCUUCACAGUUUGGGAUGUUGGUGGUCAGACGAUCAUCAGGCCGCUGUGGAGACAUUACUACGUUAACACACAGGGUUUGAUAUUUGUGGUCGACAGCAACGACCCGGAGAGGAUCAAAGAGGCAUCUGAGGAGCUGCACACACUGUUGCAGGAGGAUGAGCUGAAGGGCGUGGCCGUGCUGGUCUUUGCUAACAAGCAGGAUUUACCCAGAGCCAUGUCGGUCAGUGACAUCAUCGAGGCCCUGAGUUUAAAAGGAGUGUCACAGCCGUGGUCGGUCCAGCCGUCCUGCGCCGUCAGCGGCACCGGUCUGGUUGAAGGUCUGGACUGGCUCUCUAAUGAGAUCCUGAAACGGUAGCAGAUGUUGGGGUGACGAGGAGUUCUGCUUUACUUUCUAUGAGCGAACAGUGAAUCCAGAAGGAGCGUGUAGGAUCCUUUGCAACUGUUAAAUCUGCCUCAUCACAAAGACAUUUGACAGCAAAUGUAACGCUUCAUGCAGCUGUCAUGUGAACCCAGCUGUGCACUUUUAAAUAUGGACGAAUGAGAUUUCAGACACGAUUGUGGUUAAAUCCUCAGCAGGAGGGACCAAAGAUGGAGUAUUUUAUAUCUGCUGUUAUAUCUCUGAUAGAGACACCAUAAGAUGGACGUUGGUUAAUGAACUACUGCUGUGAAGCCUCGAGUUCAGUUCAGUUUUUUUUUCUUUUUUUCACCAUCACCAAUGAGCUGAUUGUUUUGAAACAAUCAGCUCAUUGGAUAAUGUCUUGUCAAUCACAAGGAUAGCCGGGCUCUUAAAAUGACCAUAAUGAACUAAAUGGACUGACGGUUUUAUUCAAUAUGACCUGAGUGUUUAGUGGGGUCAGGGCAGAGGGAUGUUUUUGCAUAGAAUCUGUAGGACAAGCAGUCUUUUUGCAGCCACAGGUAUCGCCCCUGGUGGCCAUUACAAUGCACUUACAAACUGUGAGGACUUCACUGUUCAGACCCAAAAACUAUAUUUGUCUUUCAUAUUGCCCAUGUUCCUACAGCAGACAUUUAGUGUUUUGAGUCAGCUAAAAUGUCUCCAUUUUUUUUUAAUGGGUUGGCAUGAGGAGGACAAAAGACAUUCAGAAUACUAAUAGGAAAUUUUAGAAAAGACUACCAAACCAAACCAUGUAAAAAGUGGUUAAAUUCAAUCAGUUAUAAUGAUUUUAACUGUGAACAGACCUCAUUUGUGAUUUGUUCCCCAUUUACAAGCUGUGGCCUUAAUGUAGACACGAGUUGCCUUUAGUUUAAAUGAUGUAGGAUUUUCCACCUCUGAGUGUUUUAUUUAAAUGAUUUAAAGGCACAAGGAGGUGAAAUUAAUCAGAACUUUAAAAAUGUAAAAUUUUAAAAGCUAAAGAAAAUUCAAAAUCGUGCACUUUGCACUCCCUCUCGGCUUCCUUAUAACCUUCAUUUUCGUAAAAUCAAAAUUUAACUCCACUUUUUAUCUUCAUCAUUUUUAUUUGAGGUUAUUUCUUCUAACUGAUUUCAUUUAUUUCACAAAUGAACUGUUGGAGUCGUUUGUCAUUGUAGUAGAAACACAUGAUUUAGUGGUUAUUUAUGAAACAUGACUGAUGUUGAAACUUGGUGUAUGAAGUAAAAUUAAAGAGGACGUAAUCUGCUGCUGCUUUUGUUGGGUGAAUGUUUCUGUUAAGGUGUUUCUGUAGCAUUGUGGCUAUUGUUAUUUUUCACAUGUAUUACAUAAAUCUUUCUUACCUUGUUUAUCUUUUCA